CUAUCACCAAUUUUGGUAUAAAAGCCAAGCCCCAUUACCAAUAAGUAACAUUUAAAUUUAAAAAGUUAUUCAAACAAAAUGAAGAUAUACAGUUCUUUGGCAAUUUUAGUAAUUUUUGGACUUCUUCAAAAAGUUCAAGCUUUUCCUGCCUAUAAUAUUGAGGAUUCAGAUGGUGAAGAGUCACGGACAGUUUGGCCAAUUCCACAACGCAAUGGAAGUAUUAUAUGGAUGACCGAGGAAGAAGCGUGGUUAGAAGCGGAACAAACCGAACAAGGAGCAAUGAAUUUUGGAACACAGAACGAGCGUAAAGUUCGCUUUUUCCUAUACACCCAGCAAAAUCCUAGGGAAUCUAUUGAACUCUUUAUAAACGAUACGGAAACUCUGAAGAAAUCAACCUUUAAUUCGAAAUAUCCUACAAGAUUCAUGAUUCACGGAUGGGCCACUGAUCACAAUCACGAAGAUCUAUUCGCCGUGAAGGAAGCACUCCUGCUCAAUGGCGAAAAGAGGCAAUUCAACUACAUAUCUGUUGACUGGAGCGUCUACAGCCACACCAUGAACUACAUAUCGGCAAAGAACAAAACAUCUAAGGCUGGCGAGCAGGUUGCACAGUUCAUUGAUUGGUUGCACGACUCGGCGAAUCUUUCAUUUACAAAUCUGGCCGUUUAUGGACAUAGUUUGGGGGCUCAUGUUUCCGGAUUUACUGGCAAGAAUGUCAAACUAGGCCGCGUGCACACCAUAGUUGGCUUGGAUCCAGCAAUGCCACUGUUCCGCAUCAAGUACCCAGAGAAGCGUCUGUCCGCCACCGAUGCAGUUUAUGUUGAGACCAUUCAAACAAAUGGUGGUUUGUUGGGUUUCUAUAAUCCAAUUGGUCAAUCAGCGUUCUAUCCCAAUGGUGGAAAGUAUCAGCCAGGCUGUGGAAAUGAUUUGAAAGGUUCAUGCUCGCAUGGUCGGUCUACAGCAUAUUUCGCAGAAGCUUUGAGAUUUGGCAAUAGAAAUGGUUUGACCGGAAUAGGAUGCAAAGAUUUUGAGAGUGUGAAGAACGAAAAAUGCCGCCAAUUUUCAGCAAGGAGGCGUUUGGGUGAUCCAAAUAAUGCUCUACUUCCUAAUGGAUUAUUCUAUGUUAAAACUAAUGCCGAUUCGCCAUAUGGCAAAAGUAUUAGAUUGUGAUUUUUGCUAUGUAAAAAUGUGAUCAAAAGAAUAAAUGAAUCUUUUAAGUUAAGUGAACAAAAUAUA